CCAGCCAGCGCCAGUGGCUCAACGCGAUUCAGUGGUGGAAGGGGGCAAACAGCGAGGCGGACAUAUCGACAGACAGAUGCACCUACGGACUGGUAAAGGGCAGGAAAGUGGUCGGUUGAGCUGGCGAGCGGCAGUUACGGUCGCGUUGGUUGGCUGAGCAAAGAAUAAUGCUGAUCAUAAUGGCGAUGAUGAUGAUGUUGCGCAGUUGGAGUAAAACGUUGGAGGAGGAAGUAACGCGCAUUAGCGCAUUUCAUCGUGACUCACUUCCAACGUCAGUCUCACUUAGUCGUCACCGCAGGCAGGCAGGCACCAACACGCGAUUACAAAAUACGGAAAAAUACGUCGCUAGCAUCAUCACUGUCGAUAGGGCACCACCAACGUUUAACGCCGUCAUCUUAGCUAGUACUUACCAGAAGUUCCGUUGUGGUCCGAAACCGCCGUCGCUGAAGCAAGAACUUCGAACAAGUUUCGUGAUCGUCUGAAGUACAAGUGUGUAAAGGUUUACAAGCGACGGAAAGACCAAUAGUGUGAAUGCAAGAAAAUCACUAUGCCUCGAGCGAAUGUGAUCGAAAAUCUCGUAGGAGAAAAUUCGGUGACCCGCACCCGACUGUUUAAAACUCCAGACGCUUCCAACGACUCCCUGUUACAAAAUCUACGAAAUAACUGCAAAAUGACGUUGAAUCCGAGCGCAGCUGUAUUUGUACCAUCGAUGAAGACCUUGCACCUAGCCAAAACAUGUCCAGUACCUACUUCAAGUACAGUAGGACAAUCUCAAGGAGUAAGCACCCACAGCAGAACUUCGACUGGGUUGAGACACGAGUUUCGGCAGGCACACCCUCCGCAUCUGGCACCGCUUUACUUAAACGCUGAUGAAAUUCGCAUACAGCAACAAAUCAAUCGACAGCACGGCCAUGGCCUGUCGUCCCGGGCAGGCUCAGGAGACCAGCAAAUGGACAAGACAGUUAUUGAGACCGGCAGUUUCGACGUGGCAAGCUUCCUCGAGGACAUGGUGCAUGAUGCGACAGAGGAUUUCCUCAAUUACUUGACGUUUCGCUGCGAGUAUUUACACGACUAUGCGCGUGCCUCUCCGCGUCAUGCGCUAGAGGUUAUCAAAUGCAUAAUGCAUACCAGCCAUCCUAAAAACGCGCAUGACUCCGUGAGGCCGGAUCGACUGGCCAAGCUUGUCGUCGCCAUGGUCGAAAUGAACGCGAGGUUCUUCCAUCAGUUGUUUUACAAAUUGGACCUGGUCAUACAAGAGUACCUUAAGCGGAGUGGAUGCAGUUCAGGCUGGCAGCACCCAGAAAAUGUAGGUGCGAAGCUCAGCAUCUUCGUAGGCCGCCUACUAUACGAGCUGCAUAUCGGCCGCUGUCGCAGUUUGCCUAAGCAGUUCCAGCAUUUUGCACGGAACGUCUGCCACUGGUUGGCAGAGUUGCUUAAAUUAAAAGCGACGAGCGAGUAUGCUAUCGUGAGUUUAUCCCAUUGCUACCAUGAAUUGCGUGCUGAAACAUCAAUGCGUGAGUUAGAUACCCUUCACGUAGCGCUACAACGGACACCGAACCCGCUCAACGAAGAGUUCCGACAGCUUCUUUCUGAGACGCAAAAAAUCGCUCGUCAGAGGGACGUCCAGCCACGCGAAAGGUGUUCGAGGAUACAUAAGACACAAGUGGCUGAUCUAAAUGACGAGGAGAAUAAGGCAUUUGAACAGUUUCUUCAAGAAAUGAGAAGCGAAGCAGUAUCGAACCACAACAGCAACAACCACAACAACAAUAACAUCAACAACAACAACAACAACAACAACAACGAACGCAAUAAUCUACGCUAAACACCACAACCACAACCACAACGAGUACACGAACUAAUUGCACAAUAAUGAUGCACAAAGCAAUGAUUACGUGCAAUUCAAAUUCAUUUACUUACCGCCGUCUGUGAUUGCGUAUUUUUGGGGGUGAUGGAGAAGAACUCUAUUGUUGUAAUGUUGAUGACGAUGUUGACAGCAAUGAUGACGAAUAAUCAUAAGAAUGAUCAUGAUCAUCAGGCGGAAGUGAAGAAGAUCAUGAAGAGUGAUUAAGUUGUUCUAACAGUGAUAACAUAUCGUACUGUCGUCAUAAAAAUACUGAAGACAUAAAAAAUGAAAAAACUUUAAAUGACGAGUCUUAAGUCUUGUUAUAUAUUAUGAUUUGUUGUGACUCAUAAGUCGACACAACAAAGUCAUCAUCCGAUUCUGUUUAUAACAAUGUAAAUAAAUUUGUAUGAAUAGACAAGGUA